AUGCUUGAACUGCCGUCAAAAGAAAAAUGUGGUGGGGAACGCCCUACUUGUGAUCGAUGUAAAAAGUUGAAUCAAAUCUGUAUUUGGGAUGAUAAAGGUCAUAGGGGUAAAAAGCAGUCUCAACAAAAAAAUAAAGACAGUGAAGAUGCUAGCCUUAUCGAUUUUAGCUUAGAUCAGUCUUUAGUCAAAAGUGAUAGAAGGGAUGCAGGUGCUGAAAAAGAAGAAGAAGAACUUCUUGAUUUUAAUUCGGAACUACCAUCGUUACCUACGUCCCUUUCUUCGCCCCCUCAGCGUUCUUUACGAUACAUAUCAUAUUUGGAUGACGAAGGACUUAAAUGUAUUGAGUAUUUCCAACUAAAGGUUUCUAAAUUAAUAACGAUUUGCCCAGAUAAACACAAUUACUUGGUGAAAACAUAUAUGCCGUUGGCAAUGAAUAAUAAGUCUAUUCAAUUAGCCUUGGCAGCUUAUGGCUCAGUAUUUAUGAAUGAAAAUCCAGAUAACUUGAAUUACAAAGGUUAUUUAAAGCGUGCAACAAAAGUGAUUCAAUCAUCUGGCGCCUAUUUCGAAAACAUUACAAAGUCUGAUUUCUAUAUUCUUUUGUGCUUUUUUUUGAUAAUGCUAGGCACAGAAGUGUGCUCAGGGGAUACCCAUUAUGCACCCAUAUUCCUUGAGCAGUGCAAAAUCUUGAUCAGAAAUCGAGGGGGGAUCUCGAAAGUGAUUCUUGAGUUUGAAUUCUCCAACUCAAUGAAGUGGCUUCUCUCAAAUAUUCAAUACCACGAUAUUUUAUCAUCGCGAUCUGCAUUGAAGGGAUGUGAAUUAAUUGAUGAAUAUAAUGAUGUUUUUAAACACCAAAAGUUAUUAGAUACAUGUGACUAUGGUAUUGAUCCAUUUCAAGGAUCUAUUCAACCAAUCUAUUUGAUACUUGGAGGAAUAAUAAAUGAAAGUGUCAAACUCAGGCAUGAAUGGAGACAAUUGGAGGAGAUGUCAAAUAAUUUGGAAUAUGGCGUUAUUAAGCUGAAGGAAUUCAAUGAAAACUUGAAUAAAAUAUUUCGCUUAAGACAAAAGUUUUUUGAAAAGAUUGAAACACUCUCCCUGGUCUAUUCCGAGAAAAUUUCUCGUUGCCAACCUAAUGGAAGGCAAUUUGCUUCAUUACUAGAUGAAAACGAAAUUUUAGAUGAUCAUGUAAUGUUUUUCAACCUUUUUAGGCUCUGCUGUCGUUUGUAUCUCAACAAUAAUAUCCGAAGGCUACCUCCAUCUUCAUCUGAACAACAAGGUCUUUUGUACAAAGCUUUGAAUAUAAUUGACGAGAUAAUCGACACACGAUUGGUGACAUGUAUGGGAUUUCCUCUAGUGAUUUGCGGAAUGGAAUGUGUUUCAAAAAUCGAUCGAGUCGCGAUGAUCUAUAGGAUAGAGAGAUACAUGACUAAAUACAAAGCAAAGAACCCCAUAUGGAUAUGUAAUAUUAUAGAGGAUGUCUGGGUAAUGAAUCCUGAUGGAAAUUUGUGUCUAGACUGGGCUGAAGUUGUUAAAGAUAUGAAUUGGGAUGUCUUUUUAUCUUGA